GUCUGUCGGAGAGGUUGUUGCCCCUGCGCGUUGCACGCUGCACACACUGCAUUUUUCCAUCGUAAUUUUGGUAUGGCGCUGCUGCUUCGACGAGUCGGCUUGUGCGCGGCCGUGUCCCUCGGCCUUGCGCAAGCGUUCCUGCCGUCUGCAAGCCUUCCCAGCUCUUCUUCCUCGAAACAACACGGUCCCAGUUCAAGGUCCUCUGUUGCAGGCGGCCGCAGCAGCAGUCAUGUUCGAGGUGGUGCUCGCUCUGUGGGUCGCGCCAGCAACGCGGGAACGGUCAUGAGCGGGGGGGAGAACGAUCUGUACGUCGUCGGAGCUGGCUACCUUGGCAAGAUCAUCGGGGAGAAGUGGGGCUCGAAGCAUCCCGAGGCGAAGAUGUACGGUGAGACCCGCUCGUACACGCGGCACGAGACCUUCAUGCCGCCGGGGAUGACCCACGUCAUGCGAAAGAACAGGGAGGAGGAGGGGGUCAAGUGCCCCAACGUGGUGUUCUGUGCCAACCCCGGCGGAAACAAGGACUACGCGCGAGAAGUUUUCACGGCCAUGGAGGAUGUGUGGGACGGAACGGGGAUGUUCGUAUUCACGUCCUCGGGCAGCGUGUACGGGGAGAAGGACGGAGGAGUAGUCACCGAAGACUCGCCCAUAGACGAAGCCAAAGUUAACUCGCCGCUCAGAAUCGCCGAGUUGGUGACCUUGGACGGCGGCGGCUGCGUAGUGAGAUUAGCCGGCCUCUACUCCGCGGAGAGGGGGCCACACUCUGUCUGGCUGAAAGAGAAAAGGGGGAAGAUCAACCUGGUGUCCUACAAGGACGCCGCUUCGGCGGUGGUGGCGGCUCUCCAGGCGGGGAUCAACCAGAUCAAGGACGUGGACGGCGCUCCGGGGGUGAAGGGCAAGGUCUUCCUCGCCGCGGACCACUCCCCCACGACGCGGCGCAAGAUCUGCAAGGUGGCCCUGGAGCACCCGAUCUACUUCCGCAGGUCCAUGCCCAAGUUCACGCAGGACGCCACGCCGCCCGAGUUCGCGGUGACAGGAGCCAGGAAGGUGUACGACUCGAGCGCGACCAGGAGAGUGCUGGGGUGGGAGCCCGAGUUCCCUUCCAUCGAGGAGUACUUUAGGAUAGAGCUGGAGGAGCUGGAGGAGAGCGAGAGGCGGGCCGAGGAGAAGGCGGCCGCGGAGAAAACGGCGGCACUGCCGGAGUGAAUUUGAGUGUUUGGCCGGUCGGUUUUCGCGUCCCCGUGUUGGUUUGGUUGUUCUUUUGUUUCGUAGGCAGGUCAUAACCCGGCUGCGCCGUCUCUUUUUUUUUUCGCUCGGCGCCUGCCUUGAAAUUCGUCAACAAUAAGAAACGCCGAGGUGGCGAAAAUAGCGCUCUAUUGCUGCUGCUGCUGCUGUUGCUGCUGCUGUUGCAAGAUGUUGAUCUCGUCGUCUCGCUGCUGUACCUCGUUCUCAAGGCGUUUCGAUGUUGAGGGGUGCGGGAGGAUUUUUAGCGUGUAGUUGUACGGGCGUGCGCCUAUGACGAGCCGUUUCUCCGGCACACGCACACACCUCAACGCACAGCGGCUGCUGGUCUUCUUCUUCCUUCCGAGCUGGUGUGGUGCCCACGCCCCGUCUGUGUAGGUUUCGUGUGUACAAGUGUUGCAUUUUCCUCCCCUCCCAUUGAGGUGUUGUUGUGGUUAAUGUGUAACGGCAGCGCUAAAGCACGUCAGGUAGCAUUGGCCUCCAUUUCGUUCGCCUUGUGCGUCGGCUUGUGCUGGUGCGACCGGCGGGCGAAACAAAUCACACGAAAGAGUUGCGUGUUUUUUUUCUUUGUACGCGUGCUUUUUUUUUCUGUACCAAGAAGUACCGUAUCUAGCAGCGGGAUAUACUCUACCCCUGCUCUUUGGGCGCUUUACUUUUGUUGUGUGUUGGCUCAUGUCGUACGGGGUAAUUUUGCUUGGGAGUGAAUACCGUUUGUUUGUGUGCGUGCAUUUGAUUGAGUCCUCGCCCUAGAUGCCGCUAUACAAGUCUGAGGAACAAUUAGGCCAUCCUGGCGGAGGACGGUAGCAUUAAUUGUUGUGAGCAUCCAAGUGGUGAAUAAUCAUGCCCAGGCGUAUGCAUGUCAUUGGCAAAGUGACCGUACAUUAUCCAGCUACUGUAGAGCAACAGAUGGCGACGUCCCUUCCAAUAAUGCAACUGCUGUGAUUAAUAAAAGAGCAGUCGAUGUAUUUGUUUUUUUGUGCAUCC